GGAGACCGCACCAGCUGCGGAGGCGGCCGAGCGUGUCUCUGAGGGGCGGGUUCGGUCCCGCUGUCGCGGCCCCGUCGGUUCUCUCCGUCUCCCUACCCUCUCUAAACUUCGUCUGCUCUUACCUCUUGAGCUUCUGUCUGGGCCCUAGAGAUGUAGCCUGGGGUCCCCAAACCAAGGCCGAAUGCCACUGUAGCUAUGGCGGCCCCCGAGGAUUGGGGCGGCCUCAACCUAACUGGGGCGUGGCUUGGGGGCGUGGCCUCGGCGGGGCGGCCGCCUUGGAGCUGCAAAGUUUGGCUGUGGCGGCAAAUGGGUUUGGGCGGCUCCUCGGCGGGUGGCGGUGGUGGCCUUAGCGGUUCCUCCUGGCCCUGUUAAUGUCAGGGCCAAGCCCGGGGAGGAUGGCGCCCUAGAGCCUGGCCUUGCUGGGGUAGGGGCGGGAGGGGGCCGGGGCGGGGACCGGCCAUGUCGGAGGUGACCCGGAGUCUGCUGCAGCGCUGGGGCGCCAGUCUUAGGAGAGGCGCCGACUUCGACUCUUGGGGCCAGCUGGUGGAGGCGAUAGACGAGUAUCAGAUAUUAGCAAGACACUUACAGAAGGAGGCCCAAGCUCAACACAAUAAUUCUGAAUUUACAGAAGAACAAAAGAAAACCAUAGGCAAAAUUGCGACAUGUUUGGAAUUGCGAAGUGCAGCAUUACAGUCCACACAGUCCCAAGAAGAGUUUAAACUGGAGGACCUGAAGAAGCUAGAACCAAUCCUGAAGAAUAUUCUUACAUAUAAUAAAGAAUUCCCAUUUGAUGUUCAGCCUAUUCCAUUAAGACGUAUUUUAGCACCUGGUGAAGAAGAGAAUUUGGAAUUUGAAGAAGAUGAAGAAGGUGGUGCUGGAGCAGGGCCUCCUGAUUCUUUCUCUGCUAGAGUUCCUGGUACUUUAUUGCCACGGUUGCCAUCGGAACCAGGGAUGACGUUACUCACCAUCAGGAUUGAGAAAAUUGGUUUGAAAGAUGCGGGGCAGUGCAUCGAUCCCUACAUCACAGUCAGCGUGAAAGAUUUGAAUGGCAUAGAUUUAACUCCCGUACAAGACACUCCUGUGGCUUCAAGGAAAGAAGAUACUUACGUUCACUUUAAUGUGGACAUUGAGCUCCAGAAACACGUUGAAAGGUUAACCAAAGGUGCGGCCAUUUUCUUUGAAUUCAAACAUUACAAGCCUAAAAAGAGGUUUACCAGCACUAAGUGUUUUGCCUUCAUGGAGAUGGAUGAAAUUAAACCUGGGCCAAUCGUAAUAGAACUAUACAAGAAACCCACUGACUUUAAAAGAAAGAAAUUGCAAUUGUUGACCAAGAAACCACUUUAUCUUCAUCUACAUCAAAGUUUGCACAAGGAAUGAUCCUGAUACAAAUAACCAAGAACUUGUGUGAAUUUUACCACUCAGAACCCAUCAUAGCUCUGAGUAGCAUAAUCACCCUUCAACAGGCAGGAAGUGAGCCCUUCAACAGGCAGGAAGUGAGCCCUACCCACGCCAGCUGACCAAGCGAGUCUAUUGCACAGCCGGACCCCAGAACAAAAGUUCAGCACAUCACUGACCUAUCACUCCUUUGGAUACAGGUUUAUUGUAGAUUUGGAAACGUUUUCACUUUUCUAUUAAUUGUGCAAUGAAUAGUCUAUUUUCUCAUUGCCUCUACUCCCCUGUUUCCCGGACAGCACUGUUGUAGAUGUGCAGAACUUCAGACAAUGCAGCAAUAAGAAUGUGCAAGAGUCUACGUCUCUGCUCACUUCUGCUCCAGUAUGCUCUUCUGGUUUCAAUGCCACGCUGUGAGUUGAAGUGGGUAGAACUGCUCUGAGAGGAACUGGACUAGUUACAUUGCCUAGCAAAGUCUCCUUAGAAGAGACCUAGCCUGGUGCCAUGGGUCUCCUGCAUAGAAAGUGUGACCUGGCCAGAUGAGCAUCCCACCCUGAGUGUUCCCCGGAUGACCAGACUGAUUUCCUGAAGAGAGCACGUGUAUCGUCAGGUGGAUUAUCUGCUCUUCUCUAUUGUACUGCUAAUUCUUUCUGGUAGUUCUAGGGUUAACGUUGGAACCAUCUCAGAAUAACUAUGGAUUUGAAAAUGUGUUUACAGUAUCUUUUAAACUGUAUCAUUUAGGAACAGUUGAGUCAGAUGUCAAGAUGUUGCGGGAUAACUGCUGCUUUCCUGACCACCCGUUGUGAGACCUUAAGACCCCGUACCUCUCCUUAGUAUGCAAAAAUCUGGAAAGACUGUCUAUUUUUUUUUAAUAUAGGUAGAUAGGAUUGCCAUUUAUUUCCUAUUUAGAUAUACAGUCAUUCAUCCAUAUGAAAAUAUGCAGGUCACUAGUUUAUUUUGAAUGGACUAUUUACUUUUGGUGUAACAAGGCAUAAAUAAAACUUUGAAAGCACAUGAUGGAUGGUUGUUACACAGAGCAUUAGGACUCAUGAGGGGCUUUCUGUGGGUUAGACAUGCCAUAUACUUUAAUAUUCACAUGUCAGUGACCUCACCACACCAUUCAAUAUACUUGCUUUUUCAAGUAAAUAACCACAAGGAAGAUGUCUUAAACUUGUCCUUCAAGAGAUCUAGUCUUGGCUUUCAUUCAGCACCUACUAGGCCACUGUUUACUAGAUGGAGCUUAAUAAAAACUGUAUUUCAGGUUCAACCUGAAAAAAAAUCCACAACCAAAUUAAUCUUGAUUGGGUAGUUCCAACUGCUAAAAUCAUCCCAUCUAUAAUAGCUCUAGGGGGAGGAGAUUUUUGCCUUAAAUUAGCUCACUCUCCCACUCAGGCUUUGAGUUGUAGGUCCCCAGGCUGUAAGCUCCUGGGGCAAGAGUUGUAGCUGUCAUGGAAGGGUCUAAGGUACUUGGCAGUACUCUGUACCUGGGGAGUACUCAGUACAUUUUGUUUGAUAUUGCUGACUAGACAUAAAAAUUAAUUCCUUAAAACCUAUUAUUAUUAAAACGUAGCAAAGACUGUACAUUGUCCUUUCUCAUUUCUUACAGAUCAUAAAAGACAAAUAGCAAGGUGGUAAUUUUCUGUGCUACAGCACUGAUCAUUCACACAGCAUGGCAUAUAUGAACCACAAAUGCCUGCCGUCAGGGUUAAUAAAGCACUUUAGUGGAACAUGAUAUUAAAAACUAAAGCUCGCCAGGCACUGGUGGUGCACAUCUUUAAUCCCAGCACUCGGGAGGCAGAGGCAGGCAGAUUUCUGAGUUUGAGGCUAGCCUGGUCUACAGAGUGUGUUCCAGGACAGCCAGGGCUACACAGAGAAACCCUGUCUUGAAAAAAAACCAACUAACC